AUGGCCAAGGAUGGUAGACCUUCAAACCUACCAUUACUUUACAAUCCGUUGCUCAAUUGCAUAUUCAACAACCCAAACCAUUCACGAGCUCCCUAUAAGCAAAUAAUUCACGAACUUGCAUCUCGGCAUACCGACUUCACUAUCAUUGUGCCACCGUCUUCUCUUCUACAUAACAGUUAUGAUCCCGAAAGUUUGAAAUCGAGUUCAAAAAUUGCCCUCCAUGACCUUGCUUAUCAUAAUGAGGAGUUUAUUAGGUCCCAUAUAGUGAAAACUGGUAGCAACUCUCAUGCUUUUCUUGCCCCAGUCGCCAAGGUGCAACUGGCUAUUUAUAACACGAUUUGUGGAAAACAAAUUCUCGUCAAAAAUGGAAUGAUAUUUACAGGCAAGGGGUUCAGGAGAAGCUUGCGAGCCAAAAUUACCGAUAUUGGCUACUUUGACUCGUUCUGUGAUUACUUUCCCAGUGGCAGCAAGUUCAUGCUAAUCUAUAUCGAUAAUAGUCUAUAUGGUUCAUCUGAUCAUCCUGAACCCGCUCUAGAAGCUUCCCCAAAAGCGCAGCAAGCCAAAAUCAAACGACCCGACCAAGUUCCAACUGAAAGCAUUACUUUUGAACGAUUACUUCGAAAUUUUCCACUCCUCUCCAAGUCAGUCUCUGACCCAUUUUAUCAAUUGUUUCACCACAACAACUACCAAUUUCGGGUUCUAAGAACCAAUACGCACAAAAAAUUGAGUGUCAUCAAACUGGAGUUUGAUAAUAUGCUCGAGGAGGCAUACCAAAUCAUCCUGAAUAGCGUCAAGUCAGAUUCCCCAGAUGGCGAGCAAACUAAUAACCUUCUUCACCAAAUCCUUAGAUCGUAUCCCGAAUUAGACUUAAACAAGUUGGUACAUGAAUAUGUUGAAAUUAAUUUGUAUGACAAGUUGUGGGCCCAGUUGAUCUUCCAGUUCAGUGCCAACGCAGGGCUUGCGGAUCCAGAUGCUACCAAAAUCUUCACCGCGGAAAAGUACGACGAACUUUCUUGUUUGUCGCUCAAUCAACUCGAUAUUCCAGUGGAUGAGCCAUGGCUUUUAAACGAUCUUUUGCUAAGAGUUUACAAUGCAAUAAUAGAGCUAUCUAAAUUGGCUGAUGCUACCAUCAUAGAGCUGUCCAGUAAGCUCAAAAUUAUAUCAAACACUAUCAGCAUUUUAACAGAGAACAGCAAUUCAAGCUUGAUGAUUGAUGCCGACACUUUGAUUGGAUUAUUGAUCAUGGUUGUUGUUCACUCGAAAAUUGAUUUCAUUGAAGCACAUUUGUAUUACAUCAAAAACUUCAUGUAUGGUACUAUAUCCGACGAUGGAUAUUUGAGCUUCAUUAUCAGCAGCUUUGAUGCUGUUUUCUUCCAUCUUUCACAUCCUGACGAGCCUCAAUAUGCUGACAUGAAAGAAUCAUCUCAAAAGAACUUUGAGUUUUGGUCCUUGAUACGGUCUCACAAGGUUGAUGAAAUCACAGCUUUGUUGGAAGAGACGGACAAAUUGUAUGGCGACAAGCUUCCACACAAUCAUUUUUUAAAGGCUCGCAAUAUUAAUGGCGAAAGUGCUUUGAUGUUAGCCAUUCGAAGUAAAAACUACGACACGUUUUUACUACUUUUAAGCCGAAACCCCAACUGGUUUUCGAUCGAAGAUAUUCUCUUUGAUCGAAACACUACAACAUCACAAAAUUUGCUAAUGGUGUCACUCAUGGAGGAGACCAAGAUCAUAACAAAAAUUCUUAUAGAGAUAUUGGGAUCUUGCACAUUAGAAGAACAAAUUGCAUACAUUAAUUCCACAGACUAUAGCGGAAGAUCUGUGGGACAUUACCUUUUUCACGAUUACGAAUUGAUAAACGAAGUGGGACAUUUGGUAAAUUGGGAAUUGAAAGACCACAACUCUUAUACUCCUUUAUUUAACAUUUGCCGAUGCUAUGACCACUAUGCAUAUUACGACCUCAUCAAGACAGCAUUCUCAGCUGUAAUGCUGCCGAACUUCAACUUUAAGAAGCAUACAGACAAGUAUGGGAAUAGCAUUUUGCAUAUACUUUUAAAAGGAAUAGACCAGAGUGGGUUGUUGAAAGCUGACAAGAAUAUCAAUGUCAAUUGCACAAACUCAAAAUGCUUAACACCUUUGACAGUCUAUGUAAAGUAUGGACGCAUUGAAAACCUUAUAAGUUUGCUUCAGGACAAAAGACUCGAAUUUAUGUUUGAGGAUAAGAAGAACUUUUUCAACAUUUUUGACUAUGUUGCUUUUUCGUCAAGAAAGCAAGGAGACAAUGACCGAGGAAAUCUGGAAGAAAUUACAAGUUUCAUCUACUCGCAUUACUUUAAACACUUUAUACCACUAAAGUGCACCACAGUCGCUUUCAAUGCUAAAUUCGAUACCACCAAAAAAGACUGGAUCGUCUACUUUCAUGGGAACCAAAAUAUCAUACUAGGUUUGGACCUGAUUAAGCAACUGCAUCACUCUUUCAAGCUUAAAAACCCACAUAGCCUUAUUCCCGAUGUUGAGAAAGUAUGGUUGAAUUACCCAGCUAAUGGUUCGGUUGCACCGAUAUUUGCCAAGUUUCGAAUGAACAGGCUCCUCGAGAACCUCAACAUAUUUUUGGUAUGUCUUUCAAUGCACCCAAAUUUUGACACGGCGCCACAUGAAACUCUAGGUUUGAGUUCAUCGGGAAAUAGCCUGUCCUUGGAUCAGAUGAAAGAAGUGAUUGGCAAACAAGAGUCACUGUCCAAAGUUACGCCCCAUCAAUUGGCUGAGAUAGAAACAUUUCUUUCACUUCUGAAAGAGAAUUUGCUAGGUACCUUGUCCACCACGAUCAAGUUUAACAAACUCAUGACGGUGAUGAAUAUCAAGAUGGGUGACUUGAACACAAUUCGAGAGGAUUCCUUGUAUCUGGCCAAGAUGCUUUGCGACAUGACUCCGCUGAUCAAGACAAAUUACCAUACUCCAGAUUAUGGUUACAGAACAAUGUUUCAGUACUUUAUAUGGGUUGAACUCACUCUCAUUGAAAUUAUCAGAAACGUGAAUAAAGUAUUGGGAAGAAUUACUGACUGGAGACAAUGCCAUGAUCGAGUGCUUCUGUUAGCUGGGGAGCUUAGAAAGUAUGAAGAUAAACGACACGAGCUUGGGACAGACGAACAUUCAAAUUCAAGUUGGUUUGGAAAUAUCAUUGAAAAUAAGAGGACCCGUUACAAGAAAUUAGUAUUGUUACAUUCGGAAGAGACGAAAAAAUUGGGGUUAUUGAGCAAUGAAAUUAAAAUCAGCCACGAAGACAUUGCAGCUGAAAUGUCACACUACCUCAUGUUUCGGUCAAAACUCAUACCGUUUGCCAUCAAGCAAUUCACACGAGUGGCCACUACGGGACUCAAUCGAAAUGGACUCCACGUUUUGCAAUAA